CGGGAGAGCGCGAAGUUAUCUACGACUUUGUCGUACUCGAAGUUAAUUUAUGUGAUCGUCGACAGAGUGCUUUGGUGGCGGUAUUCGCAAGUGAUAAUAUUUCAUAAUAAUUUUCUGAAAUGCAAGAUGGAUGUUUGCCAAAUAAUAUCUGAUAUUGUAUAUAUUUUCAAAUACUUGUAAAAUGAUUGAGACAAAGUAAUCAAAUAUCAGAGGAUGCAUAAAAUUUAAUAAAGUAAAAAUAUUAAAUACUAAAUUAAAAAAUAUCGAAGGAAUAUAUUUAAUAUUUAAAGCUCAAGUAAUUCAUAAAGUAAAAACGUAGGGUAAAAAAUUAGUUGCAUUAUCAAUUAUACUUAAUUUAUUAUGAUUCAUGUUGAUUGAGAAUUUUACGAAUGAGAUUUCUAUAACGAGUUGGCGACAAAAUGAAACGGUAUAAGGUGAAACGUAAAUGAAACGGAACAAAACGAUAUGAUGGAGAGAGGAUGAGAGAGAGAGUUAGGUAGAGUACGUUUCGAUUUCUUUAUGUAUCUUCAGAGAGGCAGAAGAGAGAGGAGAUAGAGCACGAUAUAGCGACAAGCCGUGCACGUAAAUGUAUGCGUUUGUUUUAUUCACUUUCUCAUUCAUUUGUCUCUCUCUCUCUCUCUCUCUCUCUCUCUUUCCUUCUCCUAUCCCAUUCCUAAUUUCUCUUCGACUCAUUCUUUGUCUUUCGAGUUCUCUUUGUCCUUUCACCAAUCCCAAUGUUUACCUAUCAAUCAAGUUAUACAAAAACGAUACAAGGUCAGCUUUAAUUAUGGAUGCGUUACUUCAGUUAUCUCGAUCGAAUUGAAAAAAAAUUUAAUGAAAAAUAGAAUGAAACAAUAUGUUUAUAUAAAUAUGUUAUUCUUGAUAUUUUUAAUAUAACUUAUAAUUAUUCGAUUCUCUCUCUCUCUCUCUCUCUCUCUCUCUCUCCUUUUAUCUCUAAAAUAACACGAGAAGUGGAAAGUUGAAGAAUUUAAUUAAACUAAAUUAAAUUAAAUAAAGAAAUUUCACUUUUAUCGUCUGAUAAACACAAAGUUUAUUAAAUUCAUUAGUGUUAUUAUUUCUAUUCAAAUUCUGGAAGCUCAGAUAUAAAUGAUGAUUUACGGAAGGAAAAAUGAAUCGUAAUUUACUGUUGUACACGUUUUGUACGACGUGUUACGCCAAGGUCAUUUAAAUUUUUACAUCAUAGUAUAAUAUCAAAUAAUUACGGUCAAGAACGAAUAGAAGUAUCAUCUAAAUUUUUUCCAUUUCUUACCCCUGAGCGGUGCGUCCAUUAUUCAUUCAUUACUAGCACAUGCACUCACCGUUAUAGCUUUCUAGAGGAUCAUUUUGCUUCAAUGUAAUUUAGUGGAUGAUAUAAACGUCUGGAAAGGAAUUACGAAGAGCUUUGCUUGCUACGUUACUGACACGAGAUCAGGUUUAUGAAAUCGAUAAAUAAUAUUAAGCUUCGUGGCUUUCUUUUAUAUUUCUUGUGCUUUCUGUAAGAGCUUCUUACGUGGCUAAUUGAAAUUAAAAAUAUCUAAUUAAAAGUUCACCUAUGAUUUUAUAAUCAGAUGUGUCUUCACCUGCUCGACGUCCCAAUUUCGUCGUUUUCUACGUUAAUCGAUUUUUUUCGAAAUAUUCAUUAGAAAGCAAAUUUAUUUAUAAUAUAUUAAAGAAGUAUUACUUGAUUCUCAUAUUAUUCCAAAGUAUAUUAAUUGUUUCGUUGAUAACGUCAUAAAAAUUUGGAUCAAACACGAUGUUCGAAAACUUUGUACAUUUUAAUAAUGAGAGUGAUCGAUUUAUUUAAAUGUUGUUACAAAUUGGAAAGAGAAAAGUAAAGAUCAAUAAGUGAAUUUAAUCGAUAUAACGGCAAAUUAACGUUACAAAAAGGAGAUAGCCCGAACAAAGGCGUUUAAUAUAGAAAUUAGUAUAAACAUUAAAAUGUCGUCACCAGUUGUUAUCGUUGCGUAACAAAUAUAAGAUAAAAAAUUAGGUAGACGAUGUAUAUUACUAAGGAAGCGAGCAGAACGGUGUCACCGAGCACCUAUGUGCUAAGGUGCUUCGUGGUAGUGACGAUGAUCGCUGCUGCUGCAACAUUUCUACAUUUAAAUAAUUAUAAGCCCAAACAAACUUUCCUAUCCUGUGACAGACCAUGUCAUCAUUUAGAUUGGCCAAUGAUUUGUCGGGUGAAACUUACGUUGGAAGUGUUCCAAUCGCUCAGCAAAGCAUGUGGAAAUUGCUUAUCGAACGAGACCGCUUGUCUGGCUAAUAAUUGUGUAUCAGCGGAUGGACAAAGGCGGGCUAUUAUGACGGCGAAUCGACAAAUGCCAGGACCCAGUAUACAGGUUUGCGAGAACGAUAUCUUAGUAGUGGACGUAGUUAACAAACUUCCAGGUAAAGCGGCCUCGAUACAUUGGCGUGGUCAAUCCCAAAUUGAAACACCCUGUAUGGAUGGUACGCCGUUGGUAACGCAGUGUCCAAUACCAAGCUAUACCACUUUUCAAUACAAGUUCCGAGCGUCAGCUGCUGGCACACAUCUAUGGCAUGCACAUGCAGGUGCCGACAUAACGAAUGGCGUUUUUGGAUCGUUGAUAGUCCGACAAGCAGACAUUCGCGAUCCUCAACGUGCUUUUUAUGAUGUCGAUGACCCGAACCACGUGAUACUAGUUACGCACUGGCAGCAUUCUCCGGAAAUGUCACUCGAUCAUGGUCAUACAAAGCCAACGAUACUUCUCGUCAAUGGUAAAGGACGGCAGAUGAAUGGACCAAAAGUUCCUUACACGACGUUUACAGUCGUUCCCGGACGACGUCAUCGUUUUCGAGCUGCCAAUGCUGGCGGCGCUGGAUCUUGUCCCAUUACAAUUUCUAUUGAUAAUCAUUCUCUUUACUUGAUAACUUUGGAUGGUCAACCUAUCGAACCUCGAUACGUUACAUCGAUUACUUUAGCAAAAGGCGAGAGAGCGGAUUUCAUAUUAAAAGCGAGCAAAAAGAUCUCCUCUUAUUGGAUGAACGUAAAUACGCCAAAAAAAUGCGGAACAAGUCCUGUUUAUGGUGCUGCCAUUGUAAAAUACAAAGGGAGUCCUGUGGAUCGUUUACAAAGUAUUCAUUCGGACGACAUUACGGUCGAUCAAAGCGAAGAUCAGGAAAUGGAGACGAAUCGAAUCGCGAUGACGACCGUUUACGAUGACACAUGCAACAAUCCUGAGAAUCUUUGUAUCAACGAAGUUCGAGGAAUGCGUAAAAUGCCGAAAUCUCUUACUACCAAAACCGAUUUGACCAUUUACCUACCGAUUAAUAACGUGAUGCAGUCAACCGAUUCAGUAGAAGAUGCCGGCGUUGAUAUAAAAUCCUUAAAUGUGAACAAUGUUACUUUCACUUAUCCUUCGUCACCGUUAUUGACGCAAAGCGGUGACAUACCGAAAGGCUUGCUGUGCACGGGAAAGGACGAAGACGAUCAUAAUGAGAACAACGAAACUGCGUCUUCCUCGCGAAAUUGUCACAAUGGUAAUGGAGACGCCAACGAAACGUGCGAAUGCGUUCAUAUACGUUAUAUUCCUCUCGGAGCGACUAUGGAAGUAAUUCUCUUGGAUCAAGCUGGAAUGAACGAUCUUGUUUACCACCUACACGGAUACAACUUUUACGUUGUCGGAGUUCAAAAAUUUGGUAAAAGCAUGUCUCUGGAUGAUGUUAAGCAUCUUGACAAGAAGGAAUUACUUUUCUUCCGUAAUUUGGAUUGUGCACCGUUGAAAGACACAAUAACAGUGCCAAAAUUUGGCGCUGUCGCUCUCAGAUUUAAAGCUAAUAAUCCUGGAUAUUGGAUGCUGCGAGACGAACACGCUGUCGAUUGGACCCGUGGCCUCGAUGUUAUCCUACAAGUUGGUCAACCUAAUGAGAUGAUAGCAGCGCCACAAGAUUUCCCAAAAUGUGGCUCCUUCGUCGGACCCGACUACUUUCUGAUAUAGACCAGUUUCAUUAAUAAACGAUUUGUAAAUAAUUGUAUAUAAUGUAAAAUUAAAUGUUCGCUGCUGGGAUAAUA